CUUCCAUCUCUUAGCGCUGGAGUGCCAGCUUGACUGUUGGCCUUUCUGUCUCAGGAGAGCUACGCGAGGAAGUUCAUUUAGGGAAAGCGAAGAGGAAAAUCAGACAUGUUAACGCAAAAGCUGCGUCACAGGAGCGAUGGGAACAUUUCAGAGAGCGUCAGCGGCGAACGCCGGUGGUUUUGCGCUUCAGUGCGCCAAGAGACGGAUUCAUAGGACGCGCGUCUACCCACGAGCUCGCGCGGAGAACACCACCAACUUCUGCGGCGCGUGACUUCACUACGCCACCGGUCCGGACCUCUAUACUUGUGUUCCAAACUUCAUUUAUUGAAGGAAUAAUAACACCACCAGAGGAACAAUGACAGUGACUUUCCCUGGCUGAUAAUAACGCUUUACUACUUUAGGGAAGGGUUUGAUUCUCGUUUCUAACGGAAUUUUGGUGAUAGUUAAAGGACACGGAUUUUUGGGGACCGCAGCAACGCCAAUCUGCCGUCGAACCAGUUACAAUAUCACAUGACUUUCCACAGGAUUAUGUUAUUUAUUCAACAACUUAUCACACUAGACUAUUCAUAAUGUCGUUUUCGAACAUUAUACUACUACCCAGAAAGCCAAAGAUGAUCGCUGUACGGAUGGCGUUACUGCACGCGCUCCUCGUCGCGUCUCUCCACGGAGUGUGUGAAAGCAGGGGCGGAGGUAGCGAUCUCGUGCCCAGGUUCUCCUCAUCCUUGCCCACGUACCUCCCUGUGUCCUGCCAACUGCAGGGUGCAGAGUCAUCCUUCUUUCUCCGGGAGGCCACACAGGAUGUGAUGCGUAACGGGAGCUUGCAGACACGCAGUGAGCCUCUCUUUCUCCACUUGCCCGAUGCUGGCCCUGCUCCCCUCUUGUCGGUCAACUGUAGCUAUGGCAACCUCACCGCAGAGGCGCCAGUACCACCAGAGCUCCUCCAGGGGGCGCUGCCACGUUCCUUCCACACCUCUACACACCUCACACUGGGCUGGAAGGUGAGAGCGCACCUGGUAGGCAGGAGGAUAGGAGUCGAUCGACCUCAAAUCCAGGUGUUGUUUUAUCUGGCGGGCCGCAGGUGGGAGGAUGUGGAUCCUGCCACGGAACUGCUUCCGUGUAUCCGUGUCGUUGGGUUCCGUGAUCCAGGGGAAGGCUCUGUAUCAACCGCCUGCCGACUGGAGGGAAACAUGGGGAUCUGUGUAGCCCAGCUUGGCAUCCCAACGACCUGGUUCAACGCUCCUCCGCCACGUAGGCGCACACAGGAGCCCGUUCCUGUCACGGUGGAGUUGCACUACUCCAUCCUUCCUCCAGAGGCCCAGGGGAAAGAGUGUGUAGCGGGUAGGGUGCAAGGAAAGGCUGUAGGGCAGGAAGGGGAUAUGCAGAGGAUUGGGACGGUGACUCUCGCCACUGGGGACAACAAAGCACCCAGAAACAGACUUAGACUGGAUGGAGACGUCGAGAUUCUGGCACCCCCCAGCCCAGUUAAACAGGGACAGACAGUGGGAUUUCAAGUACUAAUGAAUCCUGCUGCCGCCACUGAGCAGUUCACACUGAGAGUCCAGUAUGGGGAAGGCAUUAAUUUCAUGGUGGUGAAGCCCAGUAAUCUGGCAGCAUGGGAAAUCAAGCAAGAAGUAGUGCCUGGCUCCUCCUCCCUGUCCAUGUUCUGCCAGAGGAAGGCCAGCUCCACCAAUGAGAAACUUGAUGGUUCCUUCUAUGAGAUCAUGUGGGUGGACUUUGAGAUUGACAAUUUCAUCAACCUGCGGUCAUCGCAGUCCAUCCGCUGGCAGAUAGAGUAUCCCUCUACCGGAGUGUCUGCUGAAGUCAUCUCCACCAUCUAUAUUAACCAGAGAGACCUACAGGGUAUCGUACCCAUUGCUGAGGACACAGAGAUCCUGAACACAGCAAUUCUGACUGGACGGCACGUUGCCAUCCCGGUCAAGGUUGUUACCGUGGAACAGGAUGGAACGGUGAGAGAGGUUGAUGACCCCGUGACAUGCAUCUCCACAGAUGAGGACGUUCUCAAGGUGUCUCUUGGUUGUGAUGAGGUGUUGGUGAACGGGAAAGAGAAGAAUGGGCAUAUCUCUCUUCAAGUGAACUUUACCUACCUCUAUUUGACCAGCCAAUUAGAGCUCACCGUCUGGGUGCCACGGUUACCGCUCCAGAUUGACGUCUCUGAUGCUGAACUCAGCCAAGUCAAAGGAUGGAGGGUCCCCAUCAUCACCAACAAGAGGCCGACAAGGGACAGCGAGGAUGAUGAGGAGGAUGAGAGGAAGGGCAGAGGAUGUGCCCUGCAGUAUCAGCACGCUCUGGUGCGUGUUCUCACACACUUUGUAGCCGAGCCAGCUGGCUCUGGUGGGGAGCUUGUGCACAUGCUAGGUUCUGAUUGGUCAGCCGACAUCACAGAGAUGGUCCUGGACUUCCUGAAAGUGGAAGAUACAAGCUUUGCGCGACUAAUUGAUGGAAGGGUGCUGGUGGGAAGAGACCCAGGCAUCACCAAUAUACAGGUGAUAUCCCCUCUUUCUGACUCCAUUCUGGCUGAGAAGGCCAUCACAGUGGUGGAUGAUAAAGUGACCAUCACUGAUCUGGGAGUUCAGCUGGUGGGCUCUUUGAGUCUCUCACUGCAGCCCAGUUCCACCAACAACAGAGCCUUCUACAUCACAACCACUGCUCAGGACCUGUUGCACACACCUAAACAGGAAGCCAUUAUCAGUGCAUGGAUUCAGUACAGUGAUGGCUCUGUGACCCCUCUUGAUAUCUAUGACCCUAAAGAUUUUACUCUAACCAUCACCUCACUGGAUGAGAAUGUGGUCUCCACCUAUCAGGAACAUUCCCAACGCUGGCCUGUUAUAGUGGCGGAAGGCGAGGGCCAGGGAGCACUACUGCGCGUGGAGAUGAUGAUCUCAGAAACCUGCCAGAAAUCCAAGAGGAGGAGCAUUUUGGCAAUGGGGAUAGGAAAUGUACAAGUGAAGUUCGGACAGAACGACCUGGAGCAGAGGAGUGGAACUCAUGAUGAGAACAGUCUGGACAACAGCACAAAUGAACAGAGACAUAAAGUUCUAGAGCCAGAUAAAACAAGUGGAGGAGAUAGCUGGAAAUACACAAACACCGCGGUAGAACGUGAGGAGUCAGUCCUAAAGAAAGUCAGCACAACUGCAAAGACUCCGCUAACUAGUCGUUCCGGGGGAAACAAACAGGUUGGGGGACAAAACAACAACCCUGUGGACUAUACCAGUUUCCCAGUGCAGGUGAACCUACCUGGCGGGGCAGAGAGUGACUUGACUCAGGCUCCAAGAAGUCUGUCAGACCUGGAAAUUGGCAUGUAUGCCCUGCUUGGAGUCUUUUGCCUUGCUAUCCUCGUCUUCCUCAUCAACUGUGUCAGUUUUGCCUUCCGCUACCGCCACAAACAGCUUCCUGUUCUGGAGCAGGGCAACAUGAACCAUGCCCAUGACUGGGUGUGGCUCGGUAAUGAAGCGGACCUGAUGGAUCAUCACGGCGACCACGGGCCACUGGCACACAACGAUGAGUGCACGACUGCGAUAGAUCGCAAUGAGGGGUGCGAGGAGAGCAAGUACCUCCUCAACGGGAGCGCCGUUCAGAAAAGUGGGUCAUCACACGGACGUGGCAUCCCCCAGGUACACUCCGAUCCACGGUCCUGUUUGGGAAACGACCCAAGUGGAAAAGUCGAACGUCUUAACAACUCUCCCAGCGCUGCCAAGCGCAAAAGGGUCAAGUUUACUUCCUUCGCCACUGUACUGCCAGACGAAGGUGGGCCCUACACCAACUCCAUCCUUAUCGGAAAUGAAGACAACAUCAAGUGGGUCUGUCAAGAUAUGGACCUGGGACAGUCGGCUGAGCUCAGAAGCUACAUGGAGAGACUGCAAGACAAUCUGUAGGAGCUGGGAAGAGAACGAAAGAAAGGGAAAGCGAGAGGGAGGACACACAAAAACUCACCAGAAAUGCCUUUGCACUGUUGGGGGAAUGCAGGGAGAGAGGGAGGGAGGAAUUGUUAAAGAAUCGAAAGUGGAUGCAAGUAGGGAGUAGGAAGGAAUAAAAUAUUUUGGGAGUUUUGAGUUAAGUAGGAAAUUCACAAAAAUGGGAAACGGGUGAGGAGAGACUGGCACGUUCGUACUGGCUCCGCCAAGCGGUCCAGGUGGCGCAGAGUGAGCAGCUGCCAAUUGGCUAGCACAGGGACAGAAUGCCAGUUACCAACACCCCGAAUAAACAAGCCCAAACAAGACCAGUGAGAGAAAGAAAGAAAGGAAACAAACUUGACAGCUGUACAGCAAAUCACAGUCCAUGGAAGUCAAUAAACAGGAGUUAUCACUAAUGUAUCUUAGUUUUUUGUUUUAUUUCGAAUCAAAUCAAACAAGUCAGAAUUAUGGACGGAGACAACAGAUCUUAUUUUUUGAGAUAAUCCCAGCCUUUUUCCAGAUUAGUAUGUAACUAGACCAAAACAGGCCCUCAAAGCACCCGGCCUGCCCCAGAUCCAGGUGUGUUUGUUUUUUACCACUCAUUUUGUACUGUCUGUCCCUCCUGUGUGAAUUCCAAGAGAGCUGGGGUGCAAGGACGUGUGGGAUUCCCCCUGGCUGGAAUCUGUACCAGCUGUAUCUGCACACACACACUGUUUAAGGAGUCGAAAAACACCAAAACACAACAGUCCUCCCUCUCUAUCUCUCCUCUGGGAGAAAAACAGAAGACAUCAGUGAUGAAAAGCAACAUGAGAAUAAAAAGACUUCUCAUGCACUGUUCAUUUGAUCAAGUGAAUGUGGAAAAAAAGGACUGAGGACUUAUUUUGAGUCCCUUCUGGAGGUUGUUCAUUUGCACAAUAAGAAUAAUACAGAAAGUGCAUAAUAGUGGCCCUUAGCUGAUCUGAGACCGGCCAAUCUGACUGUCCAUACAGCAACUGAUCCAGACAUACAACCUGACAGUUUGAAGAUGCGACGAUGAACACGGGACGGACCGUGUAGAAAUACAAGCCCACAAAAAGGAGUUGUGUUUGUUAUAAAACCAUAUGAUUGCUGUGAUAGAAAAAUAUACAAGAGUAGAGUGGUCUGUUACUCUCCAGUACGGUAAAUGUAUGAAUGUUUCUCUUUUUAUUGAGGCGAAAUGUACAUCGUUUACCCCCUUUUUACAUGGCUGGAGCACCUGCACAUGGUUUUUACAUGUCCUAUAGGUUGUAAAGCAACUUUAUAUUUCUGCCUCACUGACCCCAGCGUUUACCCAGGUCCUUGAAUCAUUGUUGUUUAUAUUACUGAAGAGUUGUAGGGAAGGACAGAUGUGGACACCUUCUCUUUGAUAGCUCAGGUGAAAAUAUGCUCACAGAUGAACAGUGCUAGAAUUGAAAUGUAGAUUGUAAGAAUGCAAUAUUUAUUUGUAAGUGUAAUAUGAGAUAGGAUGUAAAUAAAAUGAUUAAAAUUUUCUUGUGGACACUGCAAGAAGGCUGUUGCCUACAUUUUCAAAAUCAACACAGAAGAGUCAUGAGGCCAUUUUGAUUGUUUCAUAUUCUAUGUUCAAGUCUGAUUUCCCUCUGGAGGAAUAAAAAUGAAAGGCUUUAAUAUGUUAAGACAUCAUGUCAUGGGUUCUGUCAGGACAUCAGAUUCCCCAUUUAGACAGAGUUCAGUCUUUUCCUUUGAUAUAUUAUUUCUGUUUGUUUCAAAGGUGUU